CCUGCAGCGCGGCCGUAGCCAUGGCAACCAUACAGGGAGGCCAUGGCGGAGGGGGCUCGGUUCGGGCCUCCCGGUCCGUCCUGAGGCCGCCGCCGAGUGAAGCGUUUUCCUGCCAGGUCCCGCCGCCUGAGGUGAGGGGAAGGGUCGGGAAGGACGGACCCGAUCCUGCCCCGCUUCCCUUCUCUGCCAGCGUUUGGGCCUCGACCGCGCACAACGCCGAGGGUUCGCUCGUCCGGCGGAAACAAGCGACAGAAAAGCGGGUUUUUAACGGCAAAAGUUGAUCCGCGGCAGCGCAGUAGUUGGCAGGGUAAAAAAACCAACCAACCAAACACCUGUCUGUGUUUCAGAGCUACUGAAACCAGCGUUUCACGCCUGGUAGCGAAGGCUCCGCCUGCAUUACUUGGAGAUACAAAACCUCUUUUAUUAAUACGUGGAAUCAAAUGGUUCUUCACCUGUUUUACAUCACCUCACGGGUUAUUCGCCGUUCCAGAGAUGGGAUCCCGCUCUGGUGAUGGCCAGUGACCCCUCAAAAAACCUUGUCCAUUCAGUUUGAAGCAUCACUUCUCAUUUUAAGACAGUGAAAGCGGCUCUUAAGGCUCUUCUGCUUUUCUCCCCAACUCGCAGAAGUAUUUAAAAGCAACAGUGAGCUCUGACAUUGCUGAGAACCGACAAACCCGACCGCGCUGCUGCUGUAAUGAGCUACGUUGCGCAGAAAUGCGGCGUCUGCUUUCAGCCCCCGUCCAUUGUCCUGAUCUACAAGGCAGACGACGGGGACAAGACUCGCCGGCGCGUGAUGCCUGUCAGAAAUUUCUCCGAGUUCUCAGACUGCGGCUUGGCUGCUGAGCAGCUGAAGAACAACCCUCGGCACAAGGCUUAUCUCGAAGGCGUCUCGCUGCGCCAGCUGAAGAAGCUCUACGGUUUAUUGAGAGGUCAUCUCAGGGGAGAGAGCCUGGCCCAGAGCUUGGAGAAGCUUCGGCAGGAAGACACCAUUGACCCAGAAGAGGACCUGAACAAACUAGACGACAAGGAACUGGCCAAAAGGAAGAGCAUCAUGGACGAGCUCUUCGAAAAGAACAGGAAGAAGAAGGAUGACCCAGAUUUCGUCUACGACAUCGAGGUGGAGUUUCCACAGGAUGAGCAGCUGGAGUCCUGCAGCUGGGACGUGGAGUCGGGAGAAGAAAUCUGAUUUCGGACAAAGAUGGAGGGGGUACAGAGACAAAUCGCACCGUCCUGAUGGACAGAAUAACGUCAUUGUACAUGUUCAACUACAUCGUUUUCAGCCCACCCCGUUGAUACACAGUACAUUGGCCACGGAGAACACAAGGCCUGAGGUGCCGCAGCAAUUCCAGGUGUAAGUGAACUUUUAGAAACCAGAUUUGGUGAAAUGGGAACUGGGCGGCUGAACUUCUCAGGUGUUUUUAGUCUCUCCCUGUGGAUGAGCACCUAAAAUAAUUUUGAAUUAUUUACUCUUUCAUUUGUUUCCUUUUCCAUCAGCUUUGGCUGAAAACCUCACCAGCUUGCCUGGCCCUGAUUCCUACUCAGCUUCAUUAGAAAAUUGAAGUGUUAAAUAUUUAUGUCUUGAAAACCAUGGUAAAGUUUUCUUGUAUACCUACAGUAUUUAUUAUUACUGGUCAGUAUGUUAAAUAUAUAUUAAUCUUUCUGGAUGAAUCAACAUUGCAUUGAGAAUAUUACUCUCACGUUUCCUGAGCGAUGCUUAAAUCUCCAGCUUCAGUUUACACAACUGUAAAUCCUUGUAAGAAAUUAAAUACAUAGCAAGUAAGUUGCUCUUGAAAACAAUUUUGAAAAUACAGUGACUUCAAGCUGCUGAAA